UCCCCAUUCCCAUCCCAAUACAGACGAGUCACCCUACCACUUAUCCGCGCUCUACUCGUGAAGCUAACCCGUAAUCACCAUCAUCCAUCAACUGCCCAUCCACGGUCCGGCCAUCGGACGUUCAUCUGGCUUCCGCGAAAAUGGUAAACCCAAUGGCGGCAGACACUCCCAUGCCGCCGCAGCGCUUCUAUGGGUUUAGUCACGUCCAGGUACAAGUGUCGUGCCGAGCCUUCCGAUGGGAACAGUCAGAAGGCUUAAACUGACCGUCGUUCUAUCGCGAUUUUCCGUUCUCUUUCAUCUUUCUUUUCUUUCAACCUUCCCUUUGUCUCCUCCCCCAUUGUCACAACCUCUCCCCAAUCUCCCUACCCACGACUUCCUCUCGCCCAGAGAAAAAAAAGUCGAGGCUAGAAAUCGGGAAUACCAACCAACCAACCAACCAAAACCAUGCCGCCCCCAAACAUACUCACACGAACCUCCCGCUUCCUCGGCCUGCACUCCCUCAACGCCACAGGCCGCGAUGCAUACCUCGUGAUAACGCUCCGGUCCCUGCGCAUGUUCUCCGCAGGCAUCCCAUCUCUAAUCCUCGCGCUCUUCUUCUCGUCCCUGCAUUUCGAAGAUGCGCGGAUCGGACUGUUCAUGACGCUAACCCUCCUCGGCGACGUUUUGCUCUCUCUGGUCCUCACCCUCAUCGCAGACCGCGUCGGGCGGCGCAGGGUCCUUUUCCUGGGGUCCGCGAUGAUGGCGGUGUCUGGGACGGCGUUCGCUAUGAGUGAGAAUUUCUGGGUUUUGCUGGUCGCGGCGGUGUGUGGUGUUAUUAGUGUGACGGGUGCGGACUGUGGGCCUUUCAGGGCGGUUGAGGAGAGUAUUUUGAGUGGGUUGACGACGGAGGGGAAGGGGGGUGUGGGCGGGACGAGGAGUGAUGUUCUGGCUUGGUAUGUUACGGCUACGACGCUGGCUGGAAGCAUUGGGACGGAGGUUGCGGGGAGAGUGGUGCAGUUUGUAGAGAAGAAGGCUGGUGGGAGUGGGAAGGAGGGGAGUAAAGAGGCAAAUGAAAGGAGGGCUUUCCAUGUGUUGUUCUGGGGGUAUGCAAUUUUCGGUGCUGUUGGAUGUCUGCUAUGUCUCGGGCUGAGCAGGAGAUGCGAAGCAUCUGGCGAGAUCAGAGAAAGAGGCGGAAAAGGGUUGAGCGGGACAGGAACAGGAGAAGAAGAGGAAGUCCUCCUCCAAGCCGUCACCCCUUCCACCACCGACGGCUUCGAAGACGACACACCACCAACCCACCGUCAACCAUCAGACAUCCGCGUCACCAAAUCACCCCCCACCAAAAAGAGCUACUUCUCCCAAAUCUCCGCCCCAACCCGCAGCAUCAUGUACAAGCUCUGGAUCCUCCUCGCCAUCGACUCCCUCGCCGACGGCAUGACCCCCUACUCCCUAAUGAACUACUACGUCGACCAGAAAUUCCACCUCUCCAAGUCAACCCUGGGCGACAUAACCUCCGCCUCCCAAUUCCUCUGCGCCGUAUCCUCCAUCUUCGCGGGCCCGCUCUCCAAGAAAAUAGGCCUCAUCAACACAAUGGUCUUCACGCACCUCCCCUCCUCCAUCGCCUCCGCUUUCAUCCCCCUGCCCUCCUCCGUAGGCUGGACCGUCUCUCUACUGCUCUUCCGCGCCGCCCUCAACUCAAUGGAUCAGGCGCCCCGCACUGCUUUCAUCGCUGCGGUCGUUAAGCCGGAGGAGCGGACUGGUGUCAUGGGGAUUACAAGUAUGCUUCGUACGCUUGCUAUGAGUGUUGGGCCGUCGAUCACGGGGCUCCUGGCGGGGAAUAAUACUUUCUGGGCCGCGUUCGUGGCGACGGGGAUCUGUAGGAUUACGUACGAUUUGGGGCUUUGGGUGUUGUUUGUUAAUGUGAAGGUUGGCCGGGAUCGCGAGGAGGAUGAGGAUGUGAGGAGAGGGGGGAGGGAGAGCAUUGAUGAGGAGGACGCGGCGUGGGGUGGGCUGCUGAGCGAUACGGAGAGUGAGGGGAGUAGUGGGGGGAGUAGGAAGGGGAGUAAGGAUGACGAGAGAGGAGUGACCGGGGGCAGAUUUGGGAAGAAUGAUGUGGGUGUUUGAGGGCGGUUCAAUUGAGGGCGGUUGAGGAGUACGAAGUUGUGGGUUUCCUUUGGGUUUUCACGAGGUUUUAUGAUGGGAUGAAUAUGAGACGCACGCAUUGGCAUACACAUAUGCAUAUAUACACAUA